UGAUAGAAAGAAUAAGAGAUGGAGGAGAUGGGAGGGAGAGAGAGAGAGAGAGCGAGAGAGAGAGUGUGUGAGGGAGAGCGAGGGAGGAGGAGAACACAGUGCCCGGGACGAGCGGAGACCGGCCGCUGUUCCUCCCGAACGGUGAGCAGUGCUGCAAAGUGGCUGAGGGACAGAGCAGCCGUUUAAGAGCCCAGCCCCAUGGCCGAGUCCCUGAGGGGGCAGCCUGGGGGGCGGGGCUCCCCUGCGGGGCCGCCCACGGGAGGUCUGCCACUCGCCGGAGCCCUGCCCCCCUCCCUCAGACCCUCCCCUUCUUGGGGAGGAAGAGGAGAAGGACUGCCAGUGGCAGGAGCGAAGGAGGAAAUAGGGCAGGUGUGCCUGGAAGGAUGGAGCCCAGCUCCAAGAAGCAGGGCUUCAAGAAGUGCCGGAGCGCCACCUUCAGCAUCGAUGGGUUCAGCUUCACCAUAGUGGCAAACGAGGCUGGAGAGACCAACCGGCGCCCCCUGGCCCGCUUUGCUCGCUCCAAAUCCCAGAAUGCACUGUGGAAUGCCAUCACAGCGGGCAUCGGGAUCAAUGACAAGCGGGGGAUCCUCAUCGACCCACGGAACCCGGAGGAGAUUCUGGCGGAUGAGCUGCCAGCGGUCGACAGUCCCGAUGCCAUGGAGAAGACAGCCAUCAGGCUACGAUGCCUGGUGAAGCAGUUGGAGCGAGGAGAGGCGUCCGUGGUGGACCUGAAGAAGAACCUGGAGUAUGCAGCCUCUGUACUGGAGUCAGUGUACAUCGAGGAGACACGGCGGUUGGUGGACACGGAGGAUGAGCUCAGCGACAUCCAGUCAGACUCGGUGCCGUCGGAGGUGCGCGACUGGCUGGCGUCCACCUUCACAAGGCAGAUGGGCCUGAUGCUACGGCGGACGGAGGAGAAGCCACGUUUCCGCAGCAUUGUGCAUGCCGUGCAGGCUGGGAUAUUCGUGGAGAGGAUGUACCGCCGGACCUCAAACAUGGUUGGAUUAAGCUACCCACCCAGCGUGAUCGCUGCUCUCAAGAAUGUGGACCUGUGGUCGUUCGACGUCUUCAUCCUAAACGAAGCCAGCACGGAUCAUGCCCUGAAAUUUAUAUUUUACGAGCUCCUCACCAGAUAUGACCUGAUCAACCGCUUCAAGAUCCCUAUCUCUGCACUGGUGUCAUUUGUUGAAGCCCUGGAGGUGGGCUACAGCAAACACAAGAACCCCUACCACAACUUGAUGCAUGCCGCAGACGUCACACAGACGGUCCACUACCUCCUCCUGAAGACCGGGAUGGUGCACUGGUUGACCGAGCUGGAGAUCUUUGCCAUGAUCUUUGCGGCCGCUGUUCAUGACUACGAGCACACAGGCACCACCAAUAACUUCCACAUACAGACCAGGUCAGACACAGCCAUCUUGUACAACGACAGGGCCGUACUAGAGAACCACCACGUCAGUGCUGCUUACCGCCUUCUACAGGACGACGAUGAGAUGAACAUCUUGUACAACUUGUCGAAAGACGAUUGGAGGGAGCUGAGAGCCCUAGUGGUGGAGAUGGUCUUGGCCACAGACAUGUCUUGUCACUUCCAGCAGAUUAAAGCCAUGAAAAACUUCCUACAGCAGCCUGAAGGGAUCGACAAGCCCAAAGCCUUAUCCCUCCUGCUGCAUACAGCGGACAUCAGCCAUCCUGCCAAGAAGUGGGAGCUGCAUCACCGCUGGACCACCUCCCUUCUGGAGGAGUUCUUCAGGCAGGGAGACAAAGAAGCCGAACUGGGGCUACCGUUCUCUCCGCUGUGCGACCGCAAAUCCACCAUGGUGGCCCAGUCUCAGAUCGGGUUCAUUGACUUCAUUGUGGAGCCCACAUUCACUGUGUUGACUGACAUGACGGAGAAGAUUGUGACGCCACUCAUCGACGACGCCUCCCGCUCGGGCCUCACGGGCUUCCGGCGCUCUAGUCUGAACAACAUCACACAGACAGUUAAGAGCUCAGAGGGCAACUCUGCACUCAGCUGCUCCCUGCUCAGCGUCGACUUCAAGAACUUCAAGGCCACCUGGAACGAGGAGGUCCAGCAGAACCGGGAGAAGUGGAAGGCACAGGCAGCCAAGGACCUGGAGGAGAAAGCCAGGCGAGAGGCUGAGGAGAAAGCAGCACAGGAGGCCGAGGAGGGGAGUGGCAGCGAGGCACUGGAAGCAGCACAGGCCGAACUGGGCCAGACCAGAUCAGAAGAACAGCAGCCACAGGAGGAAGGAAAGGAGAAAAAACCUGCAGGUGAUCAGGACCCAGAAGGGGGGAAGGACCCCCCCUUAAAAUCAGAUCCAGAACAGUCUGGCAGCACCAACGGCCCCGAGAAGAAACAGCCUGUCCAAAACGGAGAAGCGCCCAGAGGGAGCGACUCGCCCGAAAGUGAUGAGACAAAGAGCCCCAGUGACUUACCCCAGAAGUACAACAUGAUCCGCUACUGUAAGAGACCCAGCUACUGCGCCAGGUCACACCUGCCAUCCAGCGAAAAAGCACGUGAGGGCCGACCCGGUGACGCUAGGAUCAAGGCCAGGCAGCUCCAGAGCAUCUCCUUGCGCCACAGGAAGUGAUGUCACAGGAAGUCAUAUUUGAGCGUCAUCUAAAUGACCUGUUAUAACUAUCAUUCUUUUUAUUUCCCCCAUCAGAGAUGUCAGUAAGAUGCUGCUGUGUAGAGAGAGCUACAGUGGAUAUAAAAACUUGCACACCCCUGUUAAAAUGCCAGAUUUUUGUGGUGCAAAGCAAAUGAGACCAUAAUGAACCAUUUCAUAACUUUACCCACCUUUAAUGUGCCCUAGAACCUGCACAAUUCAAUUGAAAAACAAACAAAUCUGUUAAGGAGAAAAUAAAAUAAAAAUUAAGAAAACAAAUAAAAAAAUAACACGUACAAUAAGCUGAUUGGAUAAGUGACAAACUAAUACUUUAUUGAAGCACCUUUUCAUUUAAAUACAGCAUUCAGUCUUUUUGGGUUCACACCUGCAACCAAGUGACUGAUUAAUAAAUGAAGUUCAACUGACAUUUACUCAGUUGCAUCCUACAGCAAAAGCCAUGGUUCACAUAGAGCUUACAAAGCAUCAAAGGGAUCUCAUUGCUGAAAGGUAUCAGUCAGUAGAAGGGUACAAAAAAAUUCCAUGACAUUAGAUAUACCAUAGAAAUCGGUAAGAAGUGGAGAAAAUAUUGGACAACAGUGACAUUACGGAGAACUGGACGUUGCCCCAAAUUGAUGGUCAUUGUUUAAUAAAACCAAGGUUAAACUUUUUGGACACAAUACUGAACGGUAUGUUUUGGUGCCAAAACAACACUGCGCAUCACCAAAAGAACAUCAUACCCACACUGAUGCACAGUGGCGGGAGAAUCAUCCUUUGGGGUUGUUUUAUUUCAGCAGGAAAUACUCAUGGUGGAGGGAAUUAUGAAUAGUUCCAAAUACCAGUCAGUUUUGGCCCAAAUCCUUCAGGUGUCUGCUAGAAAGCUUACGACAAAGAGGAAUUCCACCUUUCAACACAACAAUGAUCCCAAGCAUACAUCCUAAUCAACAAAAGGAUGGCUUCACCAGAAUAAAAUUAAAGCUUUGGAAUGAGCCAGCCAGAGCCCAGACCUAAAUACAACUGAAAAUCUGUGGGGUGACCUGAAGGGGGCAGUGCACAAGAGAUGCCGUCGCAAUCUGACAGAUUUUUCCAAGGAAGAGUGGGCAAAGUCAAGAUGUAGCAUGCUGAUCGACUGCUACCCAAAAAGACUGAAUGCUGUAAUUAAAUCAAAAGGUGCUUUAACACAAUAUUAAUUGAGGGGUGUGCACACUUAUCCAACUGAGCUAUAUUUUUUUAUAUUUUGUAUACUUUAUCCCCCUAAUAGAUUUGUUUAUUUUUCAAUUGAAUUGUGCAGGUUCUAGGUCACAUUAAAGGUGGAAAAAGUUUUGAAAUAAUUUAUUACAUUUUAACAGCGGUGUGUACACUUUUUAUAUCCACUGUAAAUGAAUGAGACUAAAUGGUGCUUAAUGACUUAAUUUGUAAAAAAUAUUCGAAUAAAGGAUGCAUUCACUGAUAUAGCAGUAAAGACUGUAAAACGCUGAUCGGCUCACAUAAGUAAAAUACUUCUCUGUCCUGAGAUUUAUGUCCUGCAAACUCUACAGCUACAGUUAAAACAGUUGCUAACUUCUGCUUAUGGAUAUUAUAUGAUAUUAUAUGAAACAUUAAUGAACCUUUAAGGACACUGUCCUCUCAGACUGUAACACAAAGCCCUGAUACAUCCCUGCAUAUUUGUUAUGCCGUGAAGCCCUAACAUGUUGAAUCGAUGAUGUUAGUGGAGACGCUCUGAUAACCAGGCACUUUGUGCACUUGCUAGGUUUGGGCCCCACAGGGACUUAUGGGUAUUUUAUUGGCACAGAGUCAUUCCCUGGCAUGGUUAUCUUAGGCAAGGAACAGUGCUUCCGACACAAAAUGAUGACAUCACCGCAUUACCAUAAAAACACACCUCGCCAUUCUGAAACACCCAUCUUUUUGCUGUGUCCAUUUUUUGCAUUGUAUGUUCAUUCUGCAUUGCUAUUUUUCCCAUUCAGGACAUGCAUUGGCAGUAAAGAGUUUGUAGCAUACAUGCAGAGGAGGCUUAUAUUCACCCAUCGUUAAAUAAUCAUCUUCCACCAAAAGUAAUGCGAUUAGUGUAUAACUACUUUGAUGUGAAAGAGUUCUGUGUAACUGUGCAGCAUAUGGGAUAUACAUGCUGUAAACAAUUUAAAACCUUCUUUCAGACCGGUCUUGAUUACUGGUGGCAGUUUCUAUAAAGGCGUGAGUGUCUGAGGCUACUGCAUUUCCCUGGGGUUUCAGCAAAUACAGCUCUGGAGAACAUUAAGGGACUACAGCACGGUUUUUAGUUGCAGUCAUUUCUCAAUUUAUGAAUGUUCUUCUGUGAACGAUGUUCUCUGAUUCUCAUUAAUGAAGGGCUUCUUCCUUGCUCUAUGGGACGUCAGUCCUGCUUUUUGGAGCCUGAUACAAACUGCUGUACUGUAGCAGUGCUCUUCACACCUGCACUUAAUGUCAUCCUCAGAUUCCCGAGAAACUGCUGGAUAAGUUGACAGUCAUCUCUGACAUUAGAAAAUCGCUUCCGCCCUUUACCUGGCUGGUUUCAAGUCGUUCCCAGUGUCUCCUGCUUCACCCUGUGCUUGUUACUGCUGUCUUAGAAACUUUGAGCCUGGAAGCAGCCUGCGGUGAGGUGCAGCCUUCUGCCAGCAGAACCAGGAUUAAACCAGGAUUUAACUCUUAUUUAACUCUCAUAAAAUUGACCCCAAAUGCACAUGUCAGGUGACUUCUCAUAGUAACAUAAUUAUUAUAGGAUCAUGAAAGAGUUAAGAAUGCAGAUUCUUAAAUAUGGAGUGGUCUCAAUUUUUUCCAAAGCUUUAUAUGAAUGGCAUGAUACUGCUGAAACUGAUGGAUGCAUGACUGGUAGAUGAAAAUUAAAAACCUUAUGAACAAA